UGAAGGGGAACCACAUUUGGACUAUCCUUUGUGUCCACUCGGACUGUAUUAGCGAUGAACGUGACCUGUCUCGGGCACGUUUAGUGCUUUUACUGUAGGUCGGCAUGAAAGGACAUUUCACAAACCCCGUUAACUGUUUUACAUGCAACUAAUUUCCACUGUAAUACAUUGUGUGUUGUCGCCUUGGCAUUUUGAACCACCCACAACAACAGUACAGUAUACUCGUCAGUCAGGGUUCAAAUUAGAGAGGAAGAGUUUCACUGUGCUAGUUAGCGGCGUCAAGCUAGCUAGAGAACAAUAGGGGUAACUCCGGAUGUAAAUCAUUCCCUUCAAAAUAAAGGACAUUCAUGUUUGCCAUGGUUGGUCGCAGUGUACCAAGAAGUUGUAAAUUUUAGUGGGGAAAUGGGUGUUUAAGUAUUUACAAGAAGUAUCUGUAGAUGAUAGCUUUAUUUGAACUUCAGCUGUGAUCGAAUUAUUUGUAAAUUGGUUAAUAACAUUUUAUUUUGAAAGUUACAGCCAGAAGUUUUGCAUUUUAUUGUCUUUAGCGUGACAUCUGCGAGCCGGCUUGGCAGCUGGCUGGUUCAGUUGUAGUUUUGACUUGUGGUGGAAAUAAGCGUGUUGUACCGGUAAUGUCUGAUUUUAUCCCCACAAAUUUAUCAUAGCGAAGUCGGCACUUGCUAGUGGCUAUGGUGUCGGCGGUCACAUAUGCACGACACCUCAACUGUAAGCUAGGUUUAUGAAGUGGAGAGGCGAUAUCAUGUCGCAGGAGCAGGUUUUUGUGGGGCUGAACUCGGCUGAACACGGUGAGGGCGGUGCUGAAGCGGGCAGAGGCAGGAGUCGGCUGGGGCUUGUGGUGACGGGGCUGGUGGGAGGCUCGCUGGUCGCCCUGUACGCCGUUGCUGCGCCGUUUGUCGCCCCUGCCCUGCGGAGGGUCUGCCUCCCGUUUGUCCCCGCCACCACCGCCCAGGUGGAGAACGUCCUCAGGGCGCUGCAGGCCAGGUCAGGGACCCUGGUGGACAUUGGGAGUGGAGACGGCAGAAUAGUGAUAGCAGCAGCCCAGCAUGGGUUUCGGGCAUCAGGGUUUGAGCUGAACCCCUGGCUGGUGUGGUACUCUCGUUACAAGGCGUGGAGAGGGGGAGUCCACCACUCCACCUCCUUCCACAUCUCGGACUUAUGGAAGGUCAGUUUUGCACAAUACUCCAACGUUGUCAUUUUUGGAGUCCCUCAAAUGAUGGACCAACUGGAGUCGAAGCUGAGCAGCGAGCUACAGAGCACAGCCAAGGUGGUGGCCUGCCGUUUCCCCUUCCCCACCUGGACUCCUGAACACACUGUGGGGGAGGGCAUAGACACUGUAUGGGUGUACGAUGCCAAGACAUUUAAAUCACAACUGCAGCAAGGACUGACAGCAAAACAAGACCAUACACAGACCUCACCCACAAAAGAUGUUAAUGUUUGAGAUGCCUUUUUUUUUUUUUUAUCUGUGUCUAUCUAUCUAUCUAGAUAGAUAGAUAGAUAGAUAGAUAGAUAGAUGUGUGUGUGUGUGUGUGUGUGUGUGUGUGUAAGAAUCACACAGUACAUACUAAAAAAAGUCUUUUUACAUCAUUACACUUGGACUUGUCAUUAUUAGUGGUUACAGCUACAAAACACUGGGUUAUCAACAGAAUGGUAAUUCUCAUCUCUUCUGCACCUGCACUCAAAGCAGGCGUAUCGACCAGAUAUGCUUAAUCUCAUACUUGACUCACAUCUUAUACUCAAAAUCAAAUGUGUUAAUGCAAAGGUUGCUGGGCGCUUUGCUGGUGUGAAUGAUGACGUAAAGUGAUUGUGCCUCCUCAUCUGAAUUAUCUUGCAGAACCAAAUAGUUUGUUUAUAAAAUCCCAGUCAAGACUGAUAUGCCUGUCAGACUAAUUGUCCACCUCAUUCAGUUGGCAUGCUUUUUAUGAUACCCCACAGAAAAGAAAUUACUGUUCUGUGACUAAUUCACAUGUAUAGAAACUUGUAUAUUUUGGCAAUAAAAUGUACAUCUAAUGGUCUA